GCUGCCGAUAAGAGCCCGCAGGAGGCAGAAAGCCAGGCGCUCGCCCUCCGCCCAGCUGCUCCGCACGCACCAGGGACGCCAGCCACAACUGAGGCUGCUCCACAGAAGCUCACACCACUCAGUGCCAUAGUCAGCGAUGGCCGCUCCCACCGUGGUGACCCUGCAGCCCCAGUAUGUGGUGGCUGGGCCCAGCGUGUCCAGGGCCAUGUGGCAGACGGGUCUGAUGGACUGCUGCACCGACUGCGGUGUCUGCUGCUGUGGGAUGUUCUGCUUCCCCUGCCUGGGCUGCCAGGUGGCCGGGGACAUGAACGAGUGCUGCCUCUGCGGGACCAGCGUGGCCCUGAGGACUCUCUACCGCACCCGAUACAACAUCCCGGGCUCCAUUUGCUCUGACUACUGCAUCACCCUCUGGUGUCCCGUGUGCUCUGUGUGCCAGAUCAAAAGGGACAUCAACAAGAGGAAAGAGCUGGGCAUCUUCUGGUCAGCGCCCCCCUUCUCCCUGCACCAUGGAGGCAUUGUGCAUGUCCAUGGCCCGAGCGGGACAAGCGUGUGGCCGCAGCAGGCUGCUGGCAGCCCGUCCUCACCUCCCGUCCCUUCGCUUACAGAUGCCAUGGAGACCAUGCCGCCCGCUCCCCACAGGAAGGUGGCUGCGGACUGCCCAUGA